CCGGAUCUUUGAGAUCAGCGAUGUCAUACCAUCCUUACGCGGUUUCCAAGGAGAUUAAAGAUUCUAAAUUGUUUUUCGACCAUAGAUAUAGCCGAAGAAAUUGCUUGUUAUAUCUUUGCUUACUUCAGCAUCGCUGCUGUGUUGUUAGUUGUAAUUUACGUCAGAUGAAUCUGGCUGUACUUGUUCGUAAGAAAUAUGUUUCAUUGACAUACCUUUAGAAACUUAAUGUAUUGAACGUGUGCUUUUUUAUUGUUUAGAGAUUGAAAGACACCCUCGUGUUCCGUGGAUUAAUAGUGAAAGUCAAUUUCGUGUGAUAAAUUGCAAAAACUCAAGAUGCCAGAAAACGAGUACGGCUCGAUAAAGACUGAGGAGGAGGCGCAGAUUCCACCUGAUAGAUCCCAAAGGCUAACGAAUGAAGAUUUUAGGAAACUUCUCAUGACACCAAGGUCGUCUGUUCCAUCAUCACUGCCUACUGCUCCAUCAAGGGAUGCUGUACCACCAACUCCAGAUGCUGAAGGUGAAGACAGAGCGGAGAGACGGCGUAAAAAGAAAAGCUUUUAUGCAAAGCUCAAAAAGCAAGAAGAUGAUAAAAUGGCCGAACUGGCGAAAAAGUACAGAGACAGGGCUGGCGAAAGGCGUGAUGGUGCCAAUCCAGAUUAUCAGGCAGAAGACCCACUCUCAACAGCUAGUGGGUAUAGAGCUGUUGCUCCUGAUCUUAAAUCUGGAAUGGAUGCUGCAGAACGACGAAGGCAGAUGAUUCAGGAAUCCAAAUUCUUGGGAGGUGAUAUGGAACAUACCCAUCUUGUGAAAGGCUUGGAUUAUGCUCUUCUUCAAAAGGUUCGUUCUGAGAUCCAAGCGAAAGAACAAGAACAAGAGGAAGAAAUGGAGAAGCUUGUAAAAACAAAGAAAGAACGCAAAGACGAGGAAGAAGAAAUGCAGUUCAAGACGAGGCUUGGUCGGAAUAUAUACAGAGCUGUUUUUAAGAUGAGACCAGCUGAACGCAAUGAGCUAUUUGUACCUGGGCGCAUGGCAUAUGUUGUAGACUUGGAAGACGAAUUAGCUGAAAGUGAUAUUCCAACUACUUUGAUACGUAGUCGACAGGACGUUCCUGCUCUUGAAUCAACUGCCACACUUACCACAAAUGACAUUGUCAUCAAUAAGUUGGCUCAAAUAUUAUCAUAUCUGCGUGCUGGUGGUCGACAUGGAAGGAAAGGAAAGAAGAAAGGCGCUGCAGCUGCUGGAAAGAAACUAGCACAGCCACAGGAUGACAGUAUAUAUGGAGAAAUUGGAGACUAUAUUCCAACUGGGCGUCGCCAAGAUGGAAGGACAGUCCGAUCUGGCCCAUACUUUGAGAAGCCCGGCGAAGGAGAUGGUGAUGAUGUGCUAGAUGAUCGCCCAACGGUUGAAGAACACCGAGAGCCUGAACCACCUCCACCACAAGCAGCUACAGCUCCUGCCCCUCAAGCAAGACGACAAGAACCUAGUCGUGCCCAGCAAUUGCUUACUCGUUUGGCAGCUGAGCCGGAGGGCUAUGCAGAAUGCUACCCUGGACUUGAAGAGAUGCAGGAUGCUAUUGAUGAUUCAGAUGAUGAAGUUGAUUAUACUAAAAUGGAUCUCGGCAAUAAAAAGGGUCCAAUUGGACGAUGGGAUUUUGAUACACAAGAAGAAUAUUCUGAUUAUAUGAACAGCAAAGAGGCAUUGCCCAAGGCAGCCUUCCAGUAUGGAGUGAAGAUGGCAGAUGGGCGCCGGACACGAAAAUACCACAAAGAGAAAAAUGAGAAAGCAGAAUUGGAUCGUGAAUGGCAGAAGAUCCAAAACAUUAUACAGAAAAGAAGAAUACCAGGACCAGUGGGUCCAGAACCAGACUUUAAAAAGCCAAAAUAUUAAUUUUUUCUGCCUUUUGAAUUUGCUUGUGACUAACAGUCAUUCAGUAAACUGUAUCUCUUACAGUACCUUUGUGCAUAAAAAUUGUUUAUUACUGUUAUUUUCCUUACUAGUUGAUCGUCUCUCUUUCAUUUAACUCUCUCUCUGUUUGUGUGUGUGUGUGUGUGUGUGUGUGUGUGUGUGUGUGUGUGAGAGAGAGAGAGAGAGAGAGAGAGAGAGAGAGAAUAUGAGAAUGAGAAUGCAUUUGUAGCCUCUUAACAACUUUUUCUUUUAAGAUACCUAGUGUUGUUAACAAUGUAUUGUUCCAUUGUAAAAGGAACUUACGGAACGCAAUAUAAUUUUGCUAGAAAUGAAUACAUAAUUUCGCAAAUUGGGUAUUUUUUACAUAAAACUAGACUUGUUAUCUCUAAAUAAUAUAUGUAUAGUACAGGGUCUUUUUUAUUUUUAGUGUCUUAAGUAAUGUCACUUACAGCCAUCUCAGGGUGCAACCCAAAUCUCUAAUAUACUGCCUGCAAAUUGAUCCUGAAGUAAAUAACUGUCUUCUCAUUUAUGGAUAUAUAACAAGACAGUUCUUAAGAGGAAUAUAACUAGAUGCUAAAUAAACAAACAAAUAUUCAUAAGAAGAAUAUAAUAAUUUGUUAAAUGUUUCCUUGAUGAUUAAGUGUUAGGGGCGUGUAAUGAAAGUUUACAAUUUGUGCAAAUACUCAUUGAAACUGACCAGAAAAUUUAAUUUUGCAGAGUUUUUCCAAUAAAUUAGCAAAAUUCAUUUCCUGAGUGCUUUGUUUAUUUUACUUCUAGUUAGUUAGUUAGUAUAUUUUACUCUUAGUGUAAUUCUAAGAUGUAAAGUGCAUAAUACAUAAUAAAUUAUGUGUAUGAAAUCAAUAAAGUUGGUCAAAUUAUAUGUUUCUGUUUUGUAAAGUGUUUUGAGCAACUCAGUGUAUGUUUAAUUAGUUACUAUUUUCUUUCAAUUCAUUGUUCUAUUCCAUUGCACCUUUAGUAGCCUAGUAACUUGUACAUUUUUACUCUCAUAGAUCAGUAAUACUGCUUGAAAGGAUAUGUUUUAACGUCAAAUGUUCGAAACAGAAAUGAACAUUGAAAUUCUCUCUCUUAACUUUCUCUCUUUCCCAGUGGUUUUAAAGUACCUUGUAAAUUAAAUUAAAUAAUAAAAGAAAGGAUCAAAUUGAGAAGCCUAUUCUGACUACAUAUAUAUGAACAGUUUGGCCAUAAGUGAAAGUAGUCCUACAGAAACUAUUUUAGAGGAAAACUGCCUUUGUGACACAUUUGUGAAGGUGAGGUACUUGACAAUGACAUCAUAAAUGACAGUAAACUCAAAAUAAUAUCACAAAAUUUCCAAUAUCUCACCAACAAAAUUGAACAAAUUGAUGAAUUUCUAAGUGGUAGUAGUCCUCUUAUUUAUCUUAUGAAUGAAGCAGGGUGCAAAACUGAAGAAAUUUGUAGCAUUAAUUUAAGUAACUAUAAAACUGUAAAUGUCUAUUGUAACAUAAAGGUGGUGGUGUUGGUAUUUAUAUCAUAAAUAAUGUGCAGUAAGAAAAAAAUCUAUUGGAUAAAUGCUGUAUUUAUCAGAGUAUAAAACAACACUGAAUAUGAGAUGACCCCCCCCUCCACCUCUUUCCAAGAGAGUCCUUGAUAAAAAAAAAAUUCAGUAUAUUCUCACUAACCAAAAAUACAGACUUAUUGAUGUAAGAUACCAUCCUAAAGAGUUAACAAUGCAUCUAUUCUAAACUUAGGUCAUUUAUACAUAGUCUGUGUUUUCAUAAUACAAGAAGAAAUAAAUUAAACAAAAAAUUGUUUCUUAUCUUCA